CCCCUUGGACUUCAUUCAUUCUUGCUUUCCCUCCAAAAUCUGCUCCCUUUUUCUAAUUCCCAUUUUCAAAACCUACACACUGAAAAACUCACUCUCGCUCUCUCUCUCUCUCUCUCUCUCUGGAGCUAUUACAAUUCUCAAGGUUGAUUUGAUCGAUUGUUAGUUAGAUUCAGAGCUAGAAAAUGGAGGAUUACUUGCUGUGCAUGAAGACCUUGCGCUCUCAGAUGAACGAUGUGGAGGAUCAAACUGCAAAGAUCACUGUCGAAGAGCAAAUGCAGUUAACCACCAUUCAAACCUUGGAAAUCGAUCUCAAUUCUGCAAAAUCUGAAACAAAGCAACUCAAAGAAGAUACUGAGCAGAUGAUGAAGGCGAAGGGUCAGAUUUGCUCACAGAUUUUGGAAAGACAGAGAAAGAUUGUAUCCUUGGAGUCUGAUUCGUCCACUCUUGCACAGACAUUGGAGCUUAUUCAACAAGAAAAGGCCAGUUUAUCUUCCAAACUUUUAGAGAUGAGGACUUACUUUACCAAGGUUGGAGAGGAAAUCAAUGCCAAAUUACAGGAACAGCAGGAUUGGGUCAAUUCUCACAAAAUUAGCAGAAAACUAGGAGAGCAUGUUUUGGUCAAGGAUAGAAUCGGUGAGCAAACAGGUGAAACAGAGGGGAAGUCUAGCAUUGAUGGGGACCUCAUUACGGACAAUCUGGGAAGUGAAGCAAAGAACAACCUGAUGGCAAAAUUAGAUGCUGCUAAAGCCACGCUCGAUGAAAUUUCACAAAUGAAAUCCAAACUUGUUAUGGAAAACAGCAAGAUGAAGCAGCUUCUUGAGCAAGUGAAGUUCAAGGCAAAUGAUUUUGAGGUUAGUUGUUUACUUGGGACAAAUGGGGCUGCGUUGCACUUUUGUUCAUGGUCUCAGAAAUGUUUGUGGAAUUUGCCUAUUCAAUGCCAAAAUAUUGGCUCUCUGAGCAGUGGUACUUCACCCAUCGUAUGCUCGUAUUUUCUUAAUGUAUGGAUGGAUAUAGCCAGAGCUAAGAACAAUGGAUAUAAAGACUUUGGAAGAGGAACACAACGCCCUUUUAUCGGACAAAGCUGGAGUAAUUGAGUAUUUGCAGACUCUACCAAGCCAAAUUGAAACACUGAAGGGAAUUUCUCAUAUCAUUACAUGUGCAUGUGGAAAGGAAUACAAGGUGGGUGUGGACUGUUGUGUAUGACAAAACAAGAACUGCUUGAACAUUGGAGAACUGUAAAGGCUAAGAGAAGAAAUCAAUAGACCACUAGAAUAUGUGACUUGCUGUAUAGGUAAUUCUAACAGAAAAGAAUUUGAUUCUCUACUAAUAUUGCAAGUUGACUCUGAUAAACCUGUUAUUGUUGUUGAAGAGUGAGUUUAAGUAGUUUGAGUAGUUUCUUUGUGAAAAUAAACAAUGGAAUGCCUUCUUUGAAAUGGUAAAUAUUGCCAGUUAAAACA